AUGAGUUCAAUCCAGUCGCUCGGCCUCCAUGAACCGAGUGCUUUACCAUACCUCAUCGCCGAGUCGAUUCUACCACCAGACCCCUCCCCAGCUUUAUACAGCUGGACUAUCUUCCAUGGCUCGGCUGAUCGUGAAUUGGAUUUCGUGGAAGAGGAGAUUCUUACUACCAAGCAUUGCGCCGUCUGGUCCAGGAAUGGCAUGAUAAAAAGAGUGUUCAAUUUGACGGUUGAGGGAGAGCAAAUCCUACAAGCCUUCAUUACGAGUUUCUCUUCCAAACAGGACCAGGACGGAGUACCCAGCCACACCGAGGAGCGGACAAAGAAAGACGAGGCCGUGGACCGCGGUCUUGUGGUUGUGCUCAAAACUCAGGCUCAUAUCUUUCUGCUGUCUGGUGAUGGAUACGUUAUCCCCCUCUCAUUUGAGGUUGAGUCAGCCUUUCCAUUUCCCUCAGGGUUCAUGUUGCAGAGGAAAUUGGCAGAGGAUGAAUUGCAUGGUCAAGUUGCGCCUAUGCAUCAGGAUCUCAGCACCAUCAACGAGACCACUACUACCAUUGGAGGAAACAGCUCAAGACCGUCUCUGGUUCUACCAGUACGACAGCCAUGGACCACGAAUCUUGAGUCGGCGAAGAACAGUGGCAUGCCGCGGACCUUUUCAUUCAUCCAGGUCAUGUCCGAACUAGGCCUCGUGGUCUGCAGUUCGCUUCGUAAAGGUGAGCCUUUGGACCAAUGCAAAGCCCUUCCCAAAUCGGAGAGGAUAUUGUUUGUCUCUCGCUUUACCGAAUUCGACGCUCAAGGAAAAGAGGGACAGCCACCUGUCUGCCUGGCCUUGACGCUGAACGAGAAAACUUUCAUGUUUACAGUAUGGCGUGUAAGUUCACAUGUUGCAGCCGAAGAACAUGACGGGGACACUCGGAUGGCCAAGUCACGAAGCAGUAUCAGGAAAAGCUCAAACAUUCACAAGCGAGAUGGAGGGCAUGCACCUCAACCGUCGCGGCGACCAAAGGAUUUGAGAGAAGGCCUGGGGCCGCCGGGCCAGCAGUUUCCAGAAGCCAGCCCAUUUCCCGUGAAGCAAGAACAAGAUUCGUUGCCUGUGGACGAUCUGGCAAUACAACUCGGUCCCGAAUUCGGCGAUGUUGGAGUUCAGACCCGGUCCGCACGCAGAAUCAGUUCAAUGCUGGCACGAACAGAUCUUGGUUCUGCAGCAGACCGAACCACCUUCAACGAUAUUGCUAUGGGACACAGCGGUCGGCAUAGUCUUAACAGAGCAGUUAGACGUGGUGAGUCCUUGGGAGGUGUCAAUGACCGGCAAAGCUUUGGGCUACGACGAAGAAGCUCCUUCCCCACAAACACAUCUGCCUUCAGCGGUGCAACUUCAUUUCUAGACAUCUCCGCUCGGGGACUUCUAGACGAGAUGGACCCAUUACGAAAGUCAACUCUUCUCGAAGAGGAAACACUGGACAAUGCAGCCAGCGACCUACCCAGAGAUAUCGGCUUCUUCAGAGUCAACGAAUUUCCACGACAGCAGACACAUGAAGGUAUAGAUGUGCCUAUUGAUGUUAAAGUGGUAACGCUGAAAGCCUAUACGACCUUAUCAGGAGGACAACCUAAACCGGCCUCGCUCUACUUGUGUGUCUUGGACAAGAGCUUACAGGAACUCAGCAUUGUGCGAGUCUGGCAGAGGACAAAGGCUCAGAACAACAGCGAAAGACCGUCGUCAAGGCAAGAACCUGUCGAGCUAAAAUGUACACUGGUGCGCAGAAUAUCCAAGGUCAAGGAUAUCUGCAAGGUUGGAGAAGGGGAUGUUCAACGUAUGAUCAUCCUGACCGAAUCCCGCAACGAGGGUUUCAUCUUACAGCUCGAAGCACCGUGGUCUCCGUCCUUUAGAAUUGGGCUUCCGCCGAGAUUUGCGAUAUAUGACCCGUUCACCGGCUCGCAGUAUUUCAGUCCUCGAAAAGACAAGGACACGGGUAGCCGAAGGAUCAUUCCCGCAACAGAAGUGCAGAUACGAGCUCUACAUGGUUCGGCUGCACGGGGACGUUUCUAUGCAGUUGAUCAAGACCGACGUCGACAUGCCUUGCAACUCCGGCUUGCGCCUGCCGAUCCUUUGGUGCUGGACAUCCUGAAGAUGUGUGACAUAGUGCUGGGUACAGAUCAGCGUGAAAGUCUGUUAAUUGCAUUCUGGGAAGUCUCACGAUGGUUGGAGGUUAGGGAACCAUCAGCCAACUCGGAAUGGGUCGUGAUGAUAAUCGUUCUGUUUUCGCUCGCUAUACCCUUUAUCAACAGCCAGAAUCCAAACCCUUCCCCAAGUCAGCGACGGAAGAAGGGGGCUCUUCUCCGGUCGAGCAGUGGGAGCGCCGUUGACCUUACGAAUUACGAAGCUAUGCAUUACGAAGAGCAUGAUAUGACCAUGUAUGCCGGCAUACGUGGGCCAGCCUGGAAUUGGCUCCUGCGGAAGCAUUCAAACCAUUCACCUACCACGUUCAAGUCCAAGUCGGCUAGGAUGUUGAACACAACCUCUUCUGCCGAAAAUGUCACCGACAAGAAGAGCCCAUUCCUGGCCAAAUGUGUUGUCCUAGCAAAAGAGUAUACACAGUCUCCGGCUGGAGAAAGUGCACUUGGACCGGAAGGCUAUCUACCCACGUCGAUAAAUCGGGAACGAGAACAGCGGUGCAACGCCGUCCCAAGCAUUCUGCUGGGUCUUCACGUCUUGUACGAAGAGAGCAAACUAAACGUCACCUCCAAUAUCAAAUACCAAAAGUCGCAGGGCAAUUUGGUAACGGUCAUGGCCCAGCUUGGGUACUGGCUUCAAUGGAGAGACUGGACGGCCGAGUCUGGCACUUACUACGAGUUUGAAUCUUCUGAGGCUAACAAAUGUUUAUAUGAUCAGUCGCUUAUUGAUGGUUUGUCAAUGCCGGGUCAACCUUUUCCACCGUCCUCAAUUUACGAGUAUAUCGAACAAUGUAUCUGUGGCAAUCCUCCACCACAAUUUCUGACGCUGGACACCAUCAUAGAGGCAAAAAUGAAAGGCUCGGCCGCACGCCAGUGGUACAUGGCUGAGUUGACUCCACGGACCUUAGCACUCCUGACCUUUUUGUACGAAGCGACCAAUCAGGCUGGGUCAGAGCGGACUAUCCAAACAUUGUCUAAGUCGGGAAUGACUGAAUGCCAGAUGAAAACUCUGCCGGAUGGAGUGGCUGCGGCUUUCUGCCAGGCUCUUGCCUCCAAGAAGAGAGCAACGAGUGGAAAUCUUGGUCCCGACCGUGCUCUUUCUCUACUAAAGGACAGGGAGACACCCAAGUCGGAAAUUGGUGGUCAUGCAAGCAGACCGCAUGUUUCUCUGCAUCAUGAUGCGUUGCGGGAUUAUCACAGCAUCUGCAAUUCCGCGCUCGAAGCAGAAUCACUCCAACGUUGGGACGCGUCUUCUGAAGCUGACAGACAUGCAAUCACCCGCCUGAUUUUCAGUAAAGAUCGCCGUUUUCCAGAAGCCUCAAAGCUUGUCAACCAGACACGGCCUCCCGUGGUCGAAUGUACGCCCGAACCUGAGUGGACUGAGGUUGAACUCCUGGAAGCCCAAAAGGAGCUGGCCCAGCAUGUGACUCGUCGCACUUUGUCCGUUGCAGCAGGACGAGGCAUGAUGCAUUUCAACGCUCGAGUUCCUCUUCUUACGGAAAGAGUGCCUAUUCCAGCCUUCAGCCUGCAAUGCAUCAUGAAACCGAGGAACGCCACCGAGAGUACACAAGCAAUGACAUUCAGCGCCGACAAAGCAACAUUUACCGAAGAAAAGGUGUGUUGGGCUUUCUUCCACAAUGGGGCCUCAAUGGGUUUGAUGAUCUCAAAUGACGCUCAAGGCAUUGAUACCUCCUGGAUAUUGUACAACAAGCCACCUGAAUUGACGAACCGACAUGCAGGCUUUCUGCUCGCUCUGGGUCUCAACGGCCACUUGAAAACGUUGGCCAAGUGGGUGGCCUUCAAAUAUCUCACACCAAAGCAUACCAUGACAUCUGUUGGUCUACUUCUCGGACUCUCUGUGUCUUCACUCGGCACCAUGGACACCUUGGUAACUCGUCUCUUGUCAGUCCACGUUACGCGCUUACUUCCUCCUGGUGCCGCGGAACUGAAUCUGUCACCACUCACCCAAACUACUGGAAUAAUGGGCAUCGGACUGCUGUACUACGGCUCUCAGCAUCGUCGAAUGUCCGAGGUCAUGCUCUCAGAGAUUGAGAACAACGAUCCCGAAGAAGGCGCGGCUUCCGAUACGGUGCUUCGUGAUGAGGGCUACCGCUUAGCCGCCGGAUUCUCUUUAGGGCUCAUCAAUCUAGGUCAGGGCAAACGUCUCCAUGGUCUCCAUGAUAUGAACGUCGUCGAGAGGCUGCUCUCAAUAGCUGUGGGAACCAAGAAUGUGAAUAUGGUUCAUGUUCUUGACCGCGCCACGGCUGGAGCUGUCAUGGCCAUCGCGUUCAUUUUCCUCAAGACAAAUGAUGAAGCCAUAGCCAGCAAAGUCGACGUCCCAGACACUCUGCACCAGUUUGAUUAUGUUCGACCAGAUAUCUUCCUUCUUCGGACCCUUGCACGACACCUCAUCAUGUGGGAUUCGAUGGUGCCAACGCACGAUUUCGUCAAGGCAUCGCUUCCCAAACCCUACAGAGGGCGUGCGGACCUCCGAUCCAGCAAACACCUCAGCACAGAGGAUAUGCCUUUUUUGAAUAUCGUUGCUGGAAUAUGCCUUGCCAUAGCCUUGAGGUUCGCAGGAUCACAAUGUAUCGAUGCACGGGAUCUCCUGAUUUCCUACCUGGAUCAAUUCCUCAGACUUAGUCGCUUGCCUGCUCACAGUUAUGAUGCCAGAGUGACGUUGAACAGUGUGCGAAAUUGUCUGGAUACUCUCGCCCUCGCGACAGCAUCCGUCAUGGCGGGCUCAGGUGACUUGCAUGUUGUGCGGCGUCUGCGUGCCCUCCAUGGGCGAACGGACAAAGAUACGCCCUUUGGCAGCCACCUGGCAGCACAUAUGGCGUUGGGUACGCUGUUCUUGGCUGGUGGGACAAAGACGUUCGGCACGUCCAAACUCGCCGUGGCAAGUCUAUGCAUUGCCUUCUAUCCCCUCUUUCCCAACGACGUGCUCGACAAUAGUGGUCACCUCCAAGCACUCCGCCACUUGUGGGUACUAGCUACCGAAGCCAGGUGUCUUGUGCCCAGAGAUGGGGAUGCAGGUGGUUCAGUCGUUGGUGGUGUUAGUGGAACGAUUUACCUCAAAGACGGGACGACGAAGACGAUUCCCCUGCCUGGACUGAUACCCGAGUUCAACACCAUAAAAUCUGUUCAGGUCAAAGGCGAAGGAUUCUGGGACGCGGUACUUGAAUUGAAUGACAAGCAACUUCAGGACAAGAUCAAGGCCGAGAAUGGCGUCAAUGUUGUCCUUCGACGGCGCGCCGCUUAUGAUCGACCGUCUCGGGACCUAUUCAACGCGGAGCUGCAGGCCUUGAGCGAGGUACAAGGAAUUCCCAGUGUUGAUCCCAAUGCUGUCGCAGGCCAUGUACACGGCGGCAGUGGUUUGGCCGGUGUAGGUGUGGUUGCACAUCACUCGCCCAAGCAGGGCAAUCCCUUCGGUUGGGUAUUCGAGCUGGAUUCAUUCAAAGACUUCGACCACGCUGAAAGAGCGCUUGUUCUUGGUCCGACACCGGUUGGCGAAUGGAACGUCGACGAAUUGUUACAGACCACGGUGGUGGACUCACGGCUGGAGCUGGAAAAGGACGUUCUACUACCUGAUCAGAAUUUGAUGGAGAAAGACAAAUUGUGGCAGCUGAGGUUGUUGUUCGCAUGGUUCGAUCGCUGGGAAACAGACGAUGAGCAGAUUGGCGACGGCAAUGAUGAUGAGAUUGACAAUAAGUGGUUCAGCAAUUCGGGCGGUACGUGGUGGAGGAGGGAGGUCAUUGAGCGGUUGAGGUGGAGGGUGUGGAAUAUGACUACGACUGCGACUCAGGGCAGUGACGACGAUCAAUGA